AUGGGCAAGACAACUCUAGCACAUGUCUUAUUUACUCGAAUUUACAAUAAGUUUGAAGGUCAUUGCUUUCUUGAAAAUAUUAGGGAAGAAUGGCAAAACCCUAAUAGGCUCAAUUUGAAGAAAAAACUUUAUGCUGAGUUAUUGAAGGAAGACAAUAAUCAAGAUAUGGUAGUUGACCUGUUUGUGAAGGAUAGACUUUGUCGUAAAAAGGUACUUGUUGUUCUUGACGAUCUAGAUGAUGUAGAGCAAUUUGAGUACUUAGUUGGAGAUCGUGAUUGGUUAAGCCAUGGAAGUAGAGUAAUUGUCACAACUAGAGAUAAGCAAUUGCUUAAGAAUAUUGGGAUUGAUUGGAUCUACAUGGCAGAGCAACUAGAUGAUGAUGAGGCUCUUCAACUCUUUAGUUUGAAUGCAUUCAAAAGAGAUUCUCCACCAGAGAAAUAUAUGGAGUUGUCAAAAAAAGUAACGAAUUAUGCUGCAGGCAUGCCUUUGGCUCUUAAAGUUUUAGGUUCCCAUUUGUAUUCGAAGAGCGAAGAAGAGUGGAAUAGUGCAUUGAAAAAGCUUAAAAAGUUUCCCAACAAAAAGAUUCAAAAUAUACUGAAGAUAAGCUAUGAUGGUUUGGACGAUAAACAACAAGAUACAUUUCUUGAUGUUGCAUGCUUUUUCAAAGGCAUGGAGAAGGAUUUUGUGGGAAGAAUUUUGGAUGAUGAUGGUAUGUUUGCGGAUGUGAUCAGAGAUCUCAUUGACAGAUGUCUCAUAGUUGUUACAUCUUUUGAGAGACUAUGGAUGCAUGAUUUGAUACAAGAAAUGGGAAGGGAAAUUGUUCGUAAAGAAUGCGUUAAAGAUCCUGGAAUGUGUAGCAGACUAUGGAUUACUGAAGAUAUAUGUCAUAUGUUAAGGAAGAACAAAGGGAGCGAAAAAAUUGAAGGAAUAUUCCUCAACAUGUCUGAGAUUAGAGAGAGUCAUAUCAAAUUGGAGCCUAACGUCUUUAAAGAAAUGUCCAAGCUAAGGCUACUUCAAAUAUGUGGAAUAUCAAGAGAAAUGGAGCAAUGCAAACUUCAACUUCCUCAAGGUCUUGACACACUUCCGGAUUCUCUUAGAUAUCUUCAUUGGCUUCACUAUCCUUUAAAUUCUUUGCCGUCAACUUUUGUGCCACAAUAUCUCGUUGAACUCGACAUGCCAUCAAGCAAGUUGGAACAACUUCCUAACGAAUUUGAGCUUCUUGAAAACUUAAAAGUUGUCAAUCUUAGUUCUUCAAAGAAUCUAAUCCAAAUCCCAGAUAUCUCUCGAGCUAAUAAUUUGAAGAGUCUAUGCUUGAAAGAUUGUGAGAGUUUGGUUGAAGUUCCUUCACUCAGAUUUGAACAAGCUCUUGAUCACAAGUGUUUUACAAAAGAAAAUUUUGUAGGACAAAUACUAUACACCGGCUAUGGUAUUGAAGACAAUUAUGUGAGGCCGGGAGAAAAUGAUCAUAAACCAUCUUGGUGGGAAUCCUAUGAAGCCAUUGACUACUUUCUUAAUCUCAGUGGUUGCUCUAAUCUUAAAGUUCUUUCUGAGAUGUCGGGGAGUAUUAAAUACAUUUGUCUGCGUUCCACAGCCAUAGAAGACCUACACUCUUCAAUUUGGUCUCUUGUUAAUCUUUCUCUUCUGGACCUUAGCAAUUGUAAAUGCCUUAAGAAUCUUCCAAGUGGAAUUGGUCAGUUAGAGUCCCUAAAUCAUCUCUAUUUAGAUGGUUGCUCAUCUUUCAAAAGCUUUCCAGAGCAUCUUCCGAAGAACAUUAGAACAUUAGACUUUAGUGGAACAAAGAUAAAACAAGUGCCUUCAUCAGCCUUUGAAAAUCUAACUAGUCUUGAGGAUCUAUGUCUAAAGAACUGCAUAGAGCUUGAAACCCUCCCAACGAGCAUUUGUAAGUUGAGCUCUCUUGUGAGUCUCAACCUAUGUGAUUGCUCAAAGUUUAAAAGCUUCCCGGAAAUCUUAGAGCCAAUGGCAAGUUUGAAAAAACUUUAUCUAGAUGGAACAGGAAUCACAAAGUUACACUUGUCAAUCGAAAAUAUUACUGGGCUUCAAUGGCUGAUUUUAAGGGAGUGCAAGAAUCUAGAGUUUAUUCCAAACAACAUCUACAAUAUGAGCCAUCUUAAAGUGUUAUGCCUUUCUAGAUGCUCAAAACUUGUUGCUUUGCCUGCUGUGACGAACGAUUUCCAAUUUAAGAUUGAAGUGGAUCUUAGCUAUAACAACAUAGCUAAUGUCCCUAGUUGGAACCUUGGUUUAUCUUCCUUACCACUGAUGGAAUACGAACCAUGUGGAUCAAUGAUUGAUAGAAGACCAGUGAGUAUUGAACGACUUUCUAAUAUGAUUUUAUAUUUGUUAGAAACUUGUGACAAUAACCAAACUUUCACAUCACCUGAUUUUGAUGUCACGUCAUGUCGAUGCUUCAUCUCAUCUCGUAGAAAAAGCCCAUACCAGUAUUGUGGUUGCUCAAGAUGGAAUGUUGUCAAAUAUAAAAAUCUGGUGAUACAUUUUUGGGUUUCUCUUUUCAAACAAGCAGCUUAUUUUGGCCUAAAACCAAAGAAAAACUUUUUCCCCAGAAUGAAUUUAUGUUGUCCAGGAAAUGAACUUCCGGAAAUUUUUUUGGAUCAGUCUGAAGGAUCUUCAAUUGAUGUUAAUCUUUCUCCAAUUUCCUAUAAUUCCAACUUCAUAGGUUUUGUCUUUUGCGUUGUCAUUGAAUUUCAGCACUACUGUUUUGAUAUAAACCUUCUGAAUUUUCAAUGUGAAUACCAUUUCAAAACCAAAAAUGGGGAAAGCAACAAACGUAAUUGGAGUCUUCAUCUACCAGAGAACACUAGCAGAUUUUCAAAAAUAGGAAUUCUCAAUUCAGAUCACAUGUUUAUGGGGUUUAUUAACGAGGAGUACGAUGAGAAUUUUGGUGCAAAUCCGAUAUUUCAGGUGUCGUUUAAGUUUCACCUUGAACAACAUGAUUGGGAAGAACUUGUUAACAUUGGCAAGUGCAAAGUGAAAAAGUGUGGAAUUCAAGUGUUAGAUUUUGAAGAUUUAAUUGAUGUGUUAAAUCUUAAAGAUGCAAAGGCAACUACAUGUGGAAGUGAAAGUGAGACCAUGGACUUUCCUCAUCUCCCACCAAAUCCCAGUUAUCCUGAUAGAAAGAACUCCCAAAUCCAUCCCGACCAGGAGCCUUCCUCCCUGGUAUGGCAAACAUGGCAACUUUAACCUCUUGAAUGGAGA